AUGAAUGAUGUUGUACCGUAUCCAGUGACUGAGAAGGGGGCAAGAAAACCAAAAUGUGCGAGGUGCAGAAACCAUGGUGUAAUCGCAUGGCUUAAGGGUCAUAAGAGACAUUGUCCAUACAAAGAAUGCUCUUGUGCUAAAUGUGGACUCAUUGUAGAAAGACAAAGAGUUAUGGCGGCACAGGUGGCCCUUAAACGACAACAGGCGGCUGAAGAUGCGAUAGCUUUGGGACUUCGACUUUCAACAUCAUCUCCUGCCGAUGAAAAACUUGGGUUUUUGCCGCCAGGGCCAAUUAUUAUGUCUGAGAAGAAAGAUAUAAUGGGAUCAGGCGACAGUAGUGAAGAAGAAAAGUGGGAGAUUACUACAAAAAGAAAUUCACCUAGAGAAUGUGACAAACCACAUACGACUAUGAGUGUUGCGGAUAAUCCACGCAAACGAAAGCGAUCCGAAAUAGCAUGUGACAAGAAAUGUGACAACAAACUUGAUGUGACCAAUUCAAUUGCUUACUCGUUUAGGCCUGGUAAACUUUCACCUAUACAAAUAUUAAAACGUCUUUUCAAGAUGGAAUCUGAAACGGUUUUGGAACUCGUGUUACAAGGAUGUGAAGGAGACUUGGUCAAAGCAAUCGAACAUUUUCUUUCCGUACCCGAAUGUAUCAAACAAAAUGAGAACCACACUGGAAAAGGAACCGCUAAUAAGGUAUCUUAUAGCAAAGAAUCAUUUUCCCCAAGCACUAGAGGCCCGUUGUUGGUUUCACAUUCUUCAGUUGCAGAAGACGAAAUAUCAGUUUCUAAAACUGUUCCAUCCAAAUCAGUGAAUUCAUCGCCAGUAAACAACUACCGCGAUACUUUAUUCUGUCCUUGGAAUUAUUCAAAAAUUCCAAAACCUUCUAUUGAAGAAAUAAGAUUGGGGUUCGAGGAGUCGUUGAAAAAGAUACGGAGUAAAAGCCCGGAUUCGUUAUCGUGUGAUCUUCAAACGGGGAUGGAGCUACCUAAACAAUAUUUACCUUAUUUACAACAAGACGUAAACAAUACUAAUUUGAACCCAUUUAAAUUGAAUGGCAAUGCCAUGCAAAACCAGAUUUUAAACAUUGGUCGGGACCCUGUUCUAGGCAGUUAUAGGAACUUAUUUCCACCAGCUCACAGCAUUCGAUCCAGUAUACCCCUUCGAUUUAAUCAGGCUUUCCUUGAGAAUGAAAUAAAUCGUUCAAACUGCGUUAGACAUCUCUCAAGCUUCUAUUAG